AUGGAGAUCAAAUCCAAAGCCAUUGCUUCUUUGAUCCUCGCUAUAGCCUUAUGCGCUGCCGUUUUAGUCACGCCGGGAGUAGCUCAACCGCAGCCAACAAUUCCCAGUAUAUUCCCACCAAUUUCUCCGAUCGUUCCGAUUAAGUGUUGGUCAGCUCUGUUCAAUGUUCAAGGAUGCGUACUUGAAAUCUACAAUUCGAUUUUCGCUGGCCAAUUUGGUAACAUUGGAGCCACUUGCUGCAAAACGUUUUCCACCAUAGAUGCAAAUUGUUGGCCCCAAAUGUUCCCAUUGAAUCCUUUCUUCCCUCGUCUUCUCAAGGAUAAUUGCGCACGCAUUGUGCCUAAUUCUCCCCCACGCAAUUGA